CUAAACUCCAUAGACUAUGUUGCACCCAUUGCCCAAACUCUUCAGUGUCAGAAAGCUGUGUUUAGCAAUAUAAAGGUACACACUUGCACAUGAACCACAAGACUGCUAGAGUGCAUGUGUUAACUUCUUGAAACUGUUUAGAAAAAAAAUCUAUGUGGACUUUCCUGCACCUUUCACUAACUUCUCACCUCAUGUGCUGUCGUGUGACUGAAGAAUGAUUGUGUCCUGAAAAACUGUGAGAAAAAAUGCAUCUUGUGAUAGUAUUGGAUUCAUCAUCAUCAAAAGAUAGUUGAUACAUGUCUGAAGAUAUGACUAGUUUAUAUAAGAGGCAAAGAGGCUGUUAGUAAAGAGUAAUCCCUUCAGUGCAAAGUUACACCAGUGGAUCUUUUUGGUAGCAGCAGUGUGUUGAUCAAGUUGAAGCCAGUUGGAAGGGUUGAAAACUCAGGCACGUAAUUGCAUCCCAAGACGCCAAAUUAGCCAUUCUUAAGUAAGACAAACUGACACUUUCACGAGACAUUUUUGUUUGGAUAAAUGAAGAACAAAGGAAACAGAGGGAAAAGUUCAGUAAUUAACCAUAUGGCUAAUCCCAAUUGUGGAAUCACCCUUUGUUUCAGCUUGAUGAUACAAAAGCUAUAGACUUGUACAGGAGACAGCAUGAUCAGAUUGUAUAGUUCUCAUCAGUAGUACAAGGGGGAAGAGAUGCUGAAGGUAUAUACACAAACCUGACUAUGCAUAAGAGAUAUCUCCUUCCAAGUUAACUAUUGCACCAGCACUAAAGAAAACAAUAAGAUAAAAGAAGGCAGCUGUAAACAAAACAAGAGAGAAGAUGGGAAACUAAACUAAACUACCGUCACUAAGAAAUAAGAGAGAUCGCCUUUCAAGCUAACCAUUGCACCAGCACUAAAGAAAACAAUAAGAAAAAAGAAGACCGCUGUAAACAAAACAAGAACGAAGACGGGGAACUAAACUAAACUACUGUCAUUGAUGUCUUGGAGCCGCCCCUAGAGCCAGCAAGAUGAGUGUAGGGCCGCUGGUGGUGGAGGUGCUGCUGACCUUCGUGGUGGCGGCAGUGGUGCUAUACCGGUACAGCAACUGGUACCGUCAUCACCUGGUGGUCACUGUGUCUGUCUUGGUCGCCUGGUACUUCUCCAUGCUCAUAGUCUUCAUCCUGCCACUUGAUGUGUCCAAUACUAUCUACGAGAACUGCCUACAAGACUAUGAGGAAAAGUCAGCCAGUGCUUUGCUGCCUAGUGGUGGUGAUGGAGGUGGUGCUGACAACAACACCCUCAUGGCCAUGGCUGCUGACUUGACCAUGGAGGGAGUGGUCGGCAACAGCACCUUCUUCAACAUCACCAACAUCACCACCACCACUGAGCCCCCACCAACUGUUGGAUGUCUCAAGCCAUGGAGCUUUGUCCCUGCUGGAGUGUUCCCAGUGUUCUGGAGGGUGGUGUACUGGACCUCACAGUUUCUGACAUGGCUGAUACUGCCAUUGAUGCAGUCAUACACAAAGGCGGGGGAUUUCACCUUUGGCACCAAGCUCCGCUCUGCAGUGAUAGACAAUGCUAUUUAUUAUGGUUCAUACCUACUUAUUGUGGGCAUUCUCCUGCUGUACAUUGCCUUUUCUGACAUGGGGCUUGAUGGAGCCAAAUUGCGUGCCAUUGCUGCAUCUGCCUCCAAUACUUGGGGUCUUUUCUGGCUGGUGCUGCUGCUAGGCUAUGGGCUGGUGGAGGUGCCUCGCUCCAUAUGGCACUCUGCAUCCACCCUCCAUACCCUCAACCACAGCUACUUCCAUGCUGCUAAACUCUCCCAGGAGCGCGCUGAAUCCAGUGAGCGGGUCAGCGAUCUCUUGCAGAGCAUGAGGGCUCUGGGAGGCAGCAUUGGGCCGGGCCACCCCUUGCGACCACACAUGGAUGUGAUAGAGAGCAAGGUGCCAACAGAGCUUCUGGACAGAGUGCGCCGUCAUCCACCUCCAGAUUCACCCCAUGCUGAUGUUCCCUCUGAGAAAGCCCUUGUUAGGCUACAUAAGCAGCUGCUGAAGGCUCUGCAGAGUCAGCGGCGUGUGGAGACCCAGUGGGGGCUGCUAGUGGAAAAGGUGGUGUCUCUGGAGGACACACACCGCAACUCCCUGUCCCACGACUCCACCUUCAAGCACUCCACCCCUCCUCACCGCCAUCACCUUCUCUCUUACAUCUACACUCCCACCAUAGAGUGGGUGUGGCGGUGCAGGGUGCGAGGGUACCUACUGAGAGCGAUGGCAGUGUUCUUUGCUCUGGUGUCUGUGGUGGUGGUUUGGUCAGAGCUUACCUUCUUCAGCACCAGCCCCACCAUCUCCCUCUUUGCUGUUUUUGUCAACCUAGCCAAGGCUAACUAUGAUUACUUCACUAUUGAGGUGAUCUCGUCACUGUCUAUGGCCUACAUUGCCCUGUGUGCCUACUCCACUCUCUUCAAGAUUCGUGUCCUCAACCUGUACUACCUUGCGCCUCAUCACCAGACAGAUGAGUACUCACUCAUCUUUUCGGGCAUGAUGCUGUGCCGCCUCACCCCUCCCAUGUGCCUCAACUUCCUUUCUCUGAUACACAUGGAUUCUCAUGUCAUCACAGUCCGCACAGAGGAGACACAUUACACCCAGAUCAUGGGCCACAUGGAUGUCAUCCGCAUCGUCAGUGAUGGGUUCAACAUUUAUUUCCCCAUGAUGAUUGUGGCACUGUGCCUCGCCACCUAUUACAGCCUUGGUUCUCGCCUCCUCUCAGCACUUGGCUUUCAGCAGUUCAUGAGUGAUGAUGAUCUCACUACUGACUUGAUUGAGGAAGGAAAGACACUCAUUAACCGAGAAUCUCGCCGCCGACAGAGAAUGGAAGACAAUGCUGCCAGACGUAAGGACUUUGCCGAGAGGUUUGGUGGAGGAGAAUCCUCAGCCAACAUGUACAGGUCAGCCCGACAAAGAGCCGAGGAACUGGUGCGGCCACUCAGGCGGGAGGACUCAUCAGAAUCUGCCCAGCUAGAACUCUUGGGUGGAUCACAAAGUAUAACCGACUACUCUUCGCACACCACUACCACCUCUUCCAUGGACGACCCAGAGGCUGGUCGUGAUGCGGGCAGACUUGGGGGCUACAGCCAGUAUUCCAGAGCCCGCACGCACAGGCCUGAUAAGGGCUUGUUUGAUGAUGUGUGAGUAGUGGGAGCAACACAUUUAUGGUUUUAUUGUGCUAGAAACUAUUUUCUAGCCUGAGGUUUGUUAUUUGGUUAUUUCCCUGUUUUUUCUCAUUGGAAUGAAAGUUGUUAAAACAUUUGCAUUUUCUGAUAUGAUUAUUAUUAUAAUUAUUUUGUCAUGUUCUCAGAACUGGUAUAUAUUUCUUUCCAAAAUGGUGCUUCAGUUUUCUUGGGGAUCCAGAUAGGAAAAUAAUAUUCCCAUCAGCUAAGCCUUCCAGUUAGAUAUUUUGUAGCUCAACUGGUAGUACUGCAACCUAAGAAAUAUAAUGUGCCAUAAAACUGAAAAUCACAAUUUCUGCAGUAAGAGUAAAGUAGGCAAAGAUUAGUGCUGGGCUCAGAGAGUGUUUAAGUCUAUAGUGUGUCAGGACAGGUAUGUGAGAGAGUUCUGACUUGGAGAUUAAGUAAUAAUACUCCCUCUGCCGUUAACUUGGGAGGUUGUGCUGACUGGAAAAUGCAAGCAUCUAUGGGAGAAAGAGAUCUUUUGGGCUGACAAUGGAGGAUUGUUCAUCAUCAUUAAAGUUGUUGUAAAGACUCAACAGGCUUUUCUGAUCAUCUUUUAGUUGAUGGUCAGCCUGUGUUGGGGCCUCAUAUGUGGUCAUGAACCAUUGCUCCACAUUCUCUUGAAUAUGCCAAUUUCCAGCGCUAUCUCCUUUACACUAAAUGCAGCAUUCCAAAAUGUAUGAAUAAUGAUUAUACUAGCCUAAGAAAUAUUAGGCUUAUGCCCCAUUGCCACUAGAAUAAAAACACAAAUACUAAAAAGUUUAAAUCAGUCUGGAAAAACCUGCCUUGAGGAGGCACAGACAGGCAUCCUUUCCCAAUCACUGGCCAUUAGGUCACUGAUAAAGUUGAGUCCUGAUCCUGACCCACGAGUGUUCCCUCCAUAACACUGAACACAGGGCCAUCACUGUAUGAUGGCUCAUUGAUAGUUGAGUCAACUACUGGCAACACUUUAUUGUGGUUGAGUUACCACUUACCAGGCAUGCAAUUUUUCCUGCAGACCCAGAGUGGCAGGGGGAUGUUUUGAACACCAACUCACCAAGUUAAUGAUGUAAGAUGUAUAAAGAAAUGAGGAGUUUAGAAACUGGACAGGUUGUAGGAUCAGAAUUUUGCCAUUACAAUGACAGUAGGAGUCCCCAAAGUAAAGUAAAAAGCAGCUACAUUAAAGAGCCUGGGAAAAGCAUUUAUAAUAAGGGUAAAUUAAGCCUCUGGGGUAUUUUUAGAAUCUGGUAUGGUGGAUGCCUGCUAGAAGUGAUAAAUGAAUUUUACUUUGUGGAAUGAUUGUUGCCCUUAGCAACAUCAUAACUUUGAGAUAAAUAUAUGAUUGAAAUUUAGUUCUGCUGGAGACAAGAGAAUUAAUCUUGUAGUUCCAUUUUAACAUUUUGUAUGAUGCAAGGACUGGGUUCACAAAGAGUGUUAUGCAGCCAGGAUGUGGUGUCUGUUAUGCACAUAUCAAGCUUUAUUAGUUUUUAUAUGCCUAAUGGUGGAAUAUGCGGCUACUUUGUAUUGUAGGAGGAAGCAGAGACAUUUGUAACCCCAGGGGGGGGUCAGUGUGUUACAUUUAUUACAUGUGUACUCUCCCAGCUACAGUUGAGGUUUGUUAAUCUGAAUUCUGCUGGCCCAAAAAUCUAUUUAGUCAUAAUUCUUGAAGGCAGAAAAUUAUAAUCCAAACCCAACAGUUAAAAUUUUAAAGGAAAAAUAAAACCAUAAAAACUACAAUUGUCCAAAUUUUGAUGUGCAGAAAAAAUAAUUGAUAAGAAAUAAUGAAUAGCCUACAUUCUGGGUGGCAGGAAUCAGUACAUUUUACACUACAUAUAAAUUAAUAACAAAAAAAUGACAACUAAUUAAUUCAAGUACAAGCUUAUGGUGGUUUGGGGCAUUACUUGAUAGCCUGGAAUAAUCUGGACAGGUGUAACAGGUGUGGGCUUGCUGAUAUGCAGAUUAAUGGACUUUUA